AAACACGGUAAUUUUACCCCCCCAGUUCGCCUCGUCUCCGCUAGGGCCGCUCACCACUCUUUUGUGUCGGUGCAGAAGGAAAAGUGCGUAAAUGCAGUGAAGGCACGCUGGGCCAGCCAUGGUCGUGUUAUGGCUGUGAAGCUAAUUUUGUCGAUGAAGAUAAAAGACUGUGUUGGCUUCGUUGGUAUAUCUUGCUAACAUCGAUGUUAGCAACUAGCCUGUUCGUGUAAAUGCUCUUCACUAGAAUGGACCUGUUGAACUCUCAGUUCCUGGACAAGAUGAACAAUAACAUCGGGAGACUGCACUACGACGAUGAGUCCAGGACACCCUCCCUGCCCAUUGCUAUGGCCAACAUAACUGGGCCUCCUCCUCCGCACUGCCCGAGCAAACGGAAGUAUGGCGAAGAACAAAUGGACGACCGAAUCAACUGUGAUAAUGACCACAUGACCAAAAUGAGCAGAUUGUUUGCCACUGAGCUGGCCCGUCCCUCUGCUGGAGACAACCAUAACGAGCACUGGAGCCACAGCCGAACUCCCGCCGAGCAAAUUUCUUCCUCCCCAAAUGGUCUCCAUGGGAACCACCUGUAUGCUUCCAUUUCUGGCUAUGCUGUAGACCAGCCUCUGGCUCUGACCAAAAGUAGCCACGACAUCGGAGUGGGUGGCAGGGAGAGGUCUGUCAUGAGCGGGACUGCAGAGCGGCAGCAGAAUCGUCCCUCUGUUAUUAUCUGUGCCCCUGCAAGCAACCGCAAUUGUAACCUCUCACACUGCCACAUGAACGGCUGCUCACCCAGUCCCCCUUCUGAUCAGAGGAAGACCAAUGCGAACACAGUCAGCGAUCCUGUGAUUGAGGAGCACUUCCGUCGCAGCCUUGGAGAAAACUACAAAGAAGCAGAGCCUGUGUCCAACUCGGUAUCCAUCACUGGUUCAGUGGAUGACCACUUCGCCAAGGCACUGGGAGAUGCCUGGCUCCAGAUCAAGGCCAAGGGUGGUGGUCAUCAAUCCCCAGAGGCAGAUCCAUGAAGUAGAAGGGAGUAAACAAUAAUCACUUCCUUCGUGUUUGCAUGUGAGAGUGGAGAUUGGCCACUUGUCAUUUCUCCCCAAGCAUCGACUUCCCUUAGCAAAGAACAAUGUAAGACACAUGGUGCUCUCAGACGCUGUUCCCUUGUGGACAUCAAGGUCAAAUUUCUACUCUUAAAUUGGCAAAGUCUCUCUAAUGACGUAGAGAAAAUAAAUGGUUGGGUUGAAAGCGUUAGCUGUACAAUCAUAGAUUUUAUUUUGUGUUCAUAAUGAGAUUCCCAAAGUGAUCAGUUGUUCAGAGCGCAUGUUCUGUUUUACCUGCCUUGAUAUUGAUAGCCAAAGAAAUUCUCUGCCUUUUCUCCAUCAACAUAUAAGCCAUAGAUCUGGUCUUUUACUGUUUUCAUUCUAAAAUCACACUGCUUUUCAAUCUAUAUUACUUGAAAAGGACAGCCAGGUCUCACUGCGCGAUUGCAUUUCUGACCGUUUUGGUAGCAGGUUACCAGUUUCAUUUGGAACUACAUUGCGCCUUGUGUUUUGAAAUUGUGAUGAUGCAUCUAAGGAUCUGGUCGCCCCUGCUUUCUGCAGACACUAAUCUGACUUCUUUAUGAUCCUGAACUGGACUUAAUCCACUGUUAACUAAAAUAAUAUUAGUUUCCUGUCUAUAUGCUCACUGUGGCUGAUUAUUUAGUAAACUAAUAUCAAUCAUAGUAGAUGUGUCUAGCUAGAACGCAUGUUUCAAAUAGCUGGUUUCUAUUACAAACCUUUAUUCUAUACUAUAUUUACUCAGAAUUUAUUUUUUAUCUGUAACAAUUUAGAAAUACUCACUGCUGGUACAGUCGUACUCAAUAUAUUUUUUGUAUCUGGUUUUCAUUACUAUAUGUAGGUGUACAUUGUAGCAUCCAUCUACAAAUCACAGCCUCUGGCAAGGUUGUCUGAAUGCAGUUUAAAGGGCUAUGUUGCUUUGUUAUUCUUUGGAGCUAGCUUUAUACAUGACUGAAUACAGCUAAAUCGGACCUUCUGUAGCACAGUCUAUUAGCAGUGGUGUUAUUUAUUCUGAACAUGUCGAUGGUUUCAUGUUGACUUUUGGCUCAAACAUAGUGACAACAGAAUUCUAACGUUUCUUUCUAACAAGAACAGCGGAUGUUUCCAUUCCUGUCAUGACAAGCAGUUGAUUUCCCUUAAUGCACAUAUAAUAUGGAUGUCCUUAAUUCACUAGUGGGUGUAGACAUUCCACCAUGAUUUGCUUGACACACUUAUCAUUAUCAUUAUUGUGUCUAGAAAGCACAACUGAAGUGAAAAGUAUGUUUAUCUAUUUGUUUUUAUUCAAGGUGACGUCAUGGUGUGAGCUGCAAAAACCUUCCUUCUUUAUUGAGUAAAGGUGUAAGUGAGUCGUUUAGUUGAGUUUUGCUUCAAAUUAAUUUCUCACCCUUCUUAAAUUCUCUACUUUAAGUAUUGUAACCUAUUUGUCAACACUGAUUUUAAAAUGUGUUAUUGCAAAUUCAGAUUGUUUUUUUGGUUAUGUCAAUUAACUGUCUGUGAAAGAACAUACACGUUUGUAUUAAUAUUAUACCGUUCUUGAAUUGUUACACUAUCCUGUCUUUAUAUUUUAUUUUACUCAUUCAAGACUGUCAUUGCGCCGCGCGGAAUGAUCAUAGAUAUUUUGUUUCUAUUCAGAGUUCGCGUACUCAUAUGUAGCAUGGAUGCUCAUUAUCUUCUAACCAUGCAUUGUUUAAAAAUAAUAUUUCUAAAAAGUUGAUUAUUUUCCCACAAUUGUAAUAAAGUGCAGGAACACAAACGGUCUUCUGUUCAAAGACUUUUCUCGGUGCAGUGUCAGAAAAACUUCUGUGCUAAAAGCUUAACGAGUUUAUUUAGCUUUCUGUGUUCUUUAGUGGAUUUUAGGGAUUCAGGAAUCUGCUUGUUUGACACAAGUUGAUAAUCAGUAAUAUGUUGGGGGUUUUAGUCCAUUGUUAUUUAAUUGCUACAUUUAGACUACCUGUAUCUGAAAGACUGUUUGCAGAAUGGACCUGCUCCCAGAUGUCAUCUGUGUAGAAAAAAAACAACAAAACACUUGUUCACUUUUGUCCUCAUUUCUCUGGAAGAAAAUGCCACUGUUUUGUACUUAAUUUCUUCCAAAUAAACAUACAAAUGCCUACA